AUGACUCUAAAAAGAAUGUUCUUCAAGAAAACUAGACUAGUUAUAGUUCUGCUACUCAUAAUAUCUGCAAACCUAGGUUUAUUAUCAAUAUUAAAAUAUGAUAAACAAAGAAUAAUUGCUUUAACAAGUUUAAAAUCAUAUAUUCAAACUCCAACUGAUCUCAAGAAUAAAAAUUUAGACUUGAGUUUUGUUAGAGAUAAUAAAUUAAGUACAAAUAUUUCAACAAAUUAUUUUAUACCUGAUUAUUUAUAUAAUGGUCAAUCUAAAACUUAUACUUUUGAUCCAAGAUUAUCAAUAGGUAUAUAUUUAAAUCAUAUAAAUGAAAAAUUUCAAUCAAAUAAUGAUUUAUCCAAGAUUAAAUUACCAUUUAGUUGGUAUGAUUGGACUGAUUUAGGUUCAAGUUUAAAUAAAUUAAUAAAUUUACCUCAAAAUUUUAAACCUGAUUGUUCAUAUGUUUGUACAAAUUAUUUUAAUAAAGAAUUACAAAAAGAAUUAGAAGAAAAAAUUAAAGGAACAUUUGUUGAACAAUUUGAGGAUGAUCAACAACAACAACCAGAAAAUGGUCCAAAAAAGAAACCAAGAAGAAUUAAAAAAAGACCAACAAAACAUCAAUUACAAAAAUAUUCAUAUUGUAAUGAUGAUAAUUCUGAAUUUCAACCAGGUUUUAGAAUCUUUAAAAAUCAUUUAAAAUCAAGACCUGAUGUUAAGGCAUUACAAUCAAAAUCUUUUCUUUAUAGUGAAGCUCAAUCUCCAAUUUCUUUAACUUUUUUAACUCCAAAUGGUAAUUUACAAUUUGAAACUUUAUCAAAUGAAGGAAAAACUGAUAAACAAGAAUUUGGCUUAUUAAGAAACAAGAUGAUUCAAAAUUAUAAAAAAUCAUUCGUACAAAAUCAACAGUCUACAGAUCAAGAUUCAAAAGAUAUAUUCAUUGAUCCUAAAAAUGAAUUAAAUUCAAUGUUAUCCACAAUUGGUCCCAAGCUCCCUAAUCAUUCACCAAAAUUACCAUUAGAUCAAUUCACCCUAGAAUUAAAUCAAUCACAAUUCAUAUUUGAUGCCCCAAAUUAUUUAAGAACCAAUGACAAACCACAAUCAAAACAUCAAGAAAUUUUCACAAAUUCAUUAAAAUCAUCCCUUCAAACAAAAGAAUUAUUUAUUGAAAAAUAUUUCAGAGAAGUCCUGUUAAGUCGUACAACAAAUCAUUUACAAGGUGGUCAUUUUGAUUGGAGAUUUUUUUCAGGUGAUAUAAAUCAACAUGAUCGUUCAAUAAUUUUAUCAAGAUUAUUACAAAAUUGGUUUAAAUUAACUUCUAACUCCGGGUUGAUAAGUUGGUUAGCUCAUGGUCAAUUAUUAUCAUAUGAUUUUAAUGGAUUAAAUUUCCCUUGGGAUGAUGAUUUAGAUGUUCAAAUGCCCUUUCAAGAUUUUGCAAAAUUUUCAGAAUUAUAUAAUGGAACUUUAGUUAUAGAGGAUCCAAAUAUUGGAUUGGGGAGAUAUUUUAUUGAUGUUACAAAUUCUUUAACUCAUAGAUUAAAAGGAAAUAAUAAUAAUCAUAUAGAUGCAAGAUUUAUUGAUGUUGAUACUGGAUUAUUUAUUGAUAUUACUGCUCUUGCGGUAAGUCCAUCUGAUUUACCAAGGAAAUAUGAAAAUGAUUAUAAGAAUUUAAUGCAAAAAGGUGAAGAAUUAAAACAUGUUGAUCCUAAUGCAUUUGAUGGAAUUUAUGAUGAUCUUGAUAAAGAAACAAUGAGAGAAUUAAUUAAAGUUAAUCCAGAAUUAUAUAAACAAUUAAGACAAUUUCAAAGAGAAUCUCAACGUUCCACUGGAAGAUUAAUCACAGGGAAAACAUCUGAGGAAAAAUAUGAUAUUAAUUAUAAAUUACAAAUUUUUAAUUGUCGUAAUGAUCAUUUCAUAUCAAUGAAAGAUUUAUCACCAUUAAAAAGAUCAUUUCAUGAAAAAAUCCCCGUGUUUAUACCAAAUAAUAUUAGUUCUAUAUUAUUAGAUGAAUAUAAACAACAAAAAACUUUAACUAAUGAAUAUCAAGGUUAUCAUUAUUUACCACAAUUAAGAUUAUGGAUCCAAUCAGGGAAGAUUUCAAAUAUUGUAAGAGAUGAAGAUAAAAGAAGAGAUAAUAAUUUAAUUACAGAACAAGAUGUUAUUAAAUUAUUAGAACAAGAUGAUGAAAUUUUAUUUGAAUAUGCAAAAACUUGGGAUAUAACAUUAAUUAGAGAAAAAGAAAAAGAAAUUUUAAGAGAUCAAAGUUUGUCUUCAGUUGAUAAAGAUUAUUAUUUGGAAAGGUUAAUUAUGACAAGAUCAUUUCCAAGUAUGAGAAAGGAUUUUUUUAUAUCAAAAUUAGAAGAUGAAAAUUUUAUAAAUCAAAAAAUUAGAUUUGAUAAAGAAUUAUUACAAACAAUUAUGAUUGAACAAUUACAUAAAGAAUAUCAAAAUAAAGUUGAUUAUAAUUCAUUAGGAUAUGAAAAAACUUCAGAAACAGAUACAAAGGUUAUUGAAUUUAAUAAAAUUGGUGAAUCAUAUAAAACAAUUUUGAAAAAAGUUCAAAUUGAAAAUUUUGAACCAGAUGUUGAAAUUAAAAAACAAGAAUUAGAAUCAAAAUUAAAGAAAUCAAAUUCUGAUUCAGAAAAAUUUAAAAUUAAUGAAGAAUUAACCAGAUUAUUAAAAAAUGAAAUUAUUGAAAAAUUUGAUGAAGAUUCUCCUAAACCAAAAAUUUUAAAUAAAGGUGAAGUCCCUGGUGUUAUUGAAAGACCAAAACCAAAACCUAUGGAUGAUGAAGAUGAUACGGGUGUUGUUCAAGGUGUUGAGCAUCAAGAUGGUAAAGUUCAAGAGGUUGAUAAAGGUAAAGAUAAUAAUGAAGGAUUAAAAGAUUUACCAAAAAUUGAAAUGGAUCCAGAAAAAGAAUUUGAAAGAUUAGAUAAAUUCGAAAAUCAAAGAAAUAAAAUAAUUAUGUAA